CAGCCGCUACAGCGUCGCGUAGUUGAUUACGUCAUCCGCAUGCGGCCCAGCACACUAUCUUUCGCGCCGAAAGAUAACGGCUGGGCGUAAAAAUGGCGAUAUCAGCGUUGGAGAUCCGCUAUGUCCUACUUGAAUGGACUGAGGGUGAGGAUAGAGGGGCCCAUAGUAUUUUGGCUCUCGACUGUGUCCGGAAUUUUUCAGUAAAAAAAUUUCUUGAAAGGACUGAAAAAACCGAGAAGCUGGUGGAAUGGCGAAAAGGCCGCCAACCCUGGCAGGUGCACCUAGCAAGAAUUAUUGACGUGGCAAAAUUUGAAAAAACUCUCCAAAUUAAACUGCGUGGGAUCGAGAUGGAGAAAGAAGUCACACAGCAAACAAAACGUCCUCACAUCCCAAACUCAAAGUACCGUGAUCAGGGGCAGACUGAGAAGGCUUCAAAGAAAAGGGUUGACAAUAAAAAGAGAAGUCCUUCUAAAUACAACCACGAGGAGGAGGAGGAGGAGGAGGAGGAUGAGGCGCGUCAUGACAGGCCUUCAAAGAACAAGCGGGCCAGCGAAGAGGAGGAGCGUAUUGGGGAUGAAGAGGACAUAGUACCACCCUCUAAGAAAAAGACAGCUGCUGAAUUUAGAAAACACCUGGAUGAACAGAUGUGGGAGAGAAGGAAACUUGACCAAAUGCAAAGAAAUUUGCAGGAGUUGAGAAAUGAAGUCCAUUCUCUUAAAAAUGAAAAUGCACGUCUGAAAGACAUUAUCAUCAAUCAAAUCCCUCAAAUGAAAAGUGACAUCGCCAUUAUUGCUCAAAAGAAGACUGGAAGGACUCCUGUGGAGGAUCUAGAUUCCUCCUUCUCGACCUUUGGAGAAAUGCAACCGACUCCAGAGAGGAGACAGAGCCCAGAGGACACCGAGCCCUUUAAAGAGAGUCCCAUGGUGACUGAGCGCUUUCGAGAGACACCACAGACUGCAGCAACAGCUGAGACCUCAGCGAAAACACAGAUGGAAGUUAUAAAGGGCUCUGGGGUGUUUUGCCAGGCAGAAGCGUGGAAAGCAGCCCGCCUUGCCCCCUCUGCUACUGCCAUGGUGCGGAAUCUGCUGCUGGGCACCUUUGAUUUGGAGACUUUGCUGAAAAGCAACCUGAAUGGUGGGAAGCCAACCAGAGGGGAUGGGGAGCAGCUGGUCGCACUUGACCAAAUUAAAAAGGCAGCCAUUAUUGCCACAUUGCUGGGGUAUUGCGCUGUAAGAUGCUACAUUGAAGAAGUGGCCGGCAGCCAGCCGAGGGCAGAUAGGCACAUCUAUCAAUUCAAAGCUCACGGAGCUGAGAAGAUCAACAAGAUAAAUAGUUUUUUUUUUCUAUUCAGUUUUUUGUCUUGUUUUUGUUCUUGUUCUAUUUGAUUGUUCUUAAGUAAAUAAAUAAAUGUACAUUUCUACAUUUUGGGCUUUUAUUUAUGUUGCAUAGUAGCUAUGGAUUUUAAUAAUUUUACUAAUAUAUAGGUAAACAUAUAGGUGCAUAU